GACCCAAGACGGCCCAAGAGGCCCCCAAGAUCGUGUCCCUGGGCGCCUCCCUUCCUCGGCGUCCCUUCUGGUAGCGCGAUGGCUGUGGCUCUGGGGUGCCGUGGCUCGCCAGACUGUGCAAUGCGGCCCCCCCCUGGGCCGGGUGCCCGCGGAGGUCCUCCGCCGCCUUGCCGCCUCCCUUCCCCCCCCCCUUUCGGGGCGGUCGAAACGGAACCUUUUGCGCAUGCCUAACCUUCUACUUCUCUGCAGGACAGGACUUGCUCGGGUGGCCCCGCGGGCCUCGGUGCGCGCUGUGGUGCGUGGAAGUUCGGUGGAUGGGCCAGGGACUGCUGGCGCACCAGACCAUCUGUGGUCCAUCGACACGUUCGCGACCCUCAACAGCCUGCAGCGCUUGAAGUUCCUGGCGAUGGACCCGAGGAGGCCACUGGGGACCCUGACGAGCUCAUGGAGCACAAGCUGCAGGCGUGGCGGACUAUUUGGACUGAUCCGCAGGCGUCGCGCGAGGACCUGUGCAAGGGCAUGCAGUUGCUGCUCCAGCACGCGCGCGGCCACCCCAUCAGCGAGCUUGAGGACGAUUGCAUCAUGAGAGUUGUCUCCAGGAUGGCUCCCAACAAGGCUCGAGGUGUGGACGUCCUCAGCCCCAUCGACAUUCAGAGGCUGCCGACCGAGGGGCAGCAGCAGUUCGGCGACGUGCUGCGUGAAGCUGAGAGGGUAGGCUCGAGGCCUGUCCAGCUUUUGCUUGCCGUCGGAGCGACCGUCCCGAAACCUUCAGGAGGUGACAGGGUCAUCGGUGUUUUUGGUCCCAGGACCUCGGUGAGUUUUGGGACACGGCGAUCCGAGGGUCCUCGGCUCUUAGAGCGGCUCUGCAGAGGGCCAUCUUAGAUGAGUCCUCCUUCCAGCUGGGUUUCACCUCGGCCUCCCUCCUCCCCGACCUCGA